AACCUCUUCUUUUCUUGUGUCUUUUCUUUUCUUUUCUUUUCUUUUCUUCCUUUGGUUUUGUAACCUUUUUCAUCACACACAUGGUAAGAUCGCCACGUUCCUAUUCACCAGAAACUUCCCUCCCUCGGUUGCUUCCCCAUUAAUCAUUCUACUCCCUAAACACCACCCGGGAUAUUCCAUUUCCGAUGCUGCUCACAAUCACCAUCACUACCGAUCCUCAAUGAACAGCCCCUAAACUGCUGAUUCCUUUUACAUCUCCACACUUUUCCGGAUUUCUCUCUCGCGGAGCACCCACCGUUUUCCUUGAACGAUUUCUGGCGCGUGUGGCAAUGGGGAUGGUGUCGGAGAUUGACAGAAAGAGGAAAUUUCUGCUAGGGAUUGGGUAUUUCGUGCAGGGUUUGAGGUGUUUCCCAUGGAUGGGGGUGAAUUUCUUCCUCAAGGAUGGGAUGAGAGUCGCUCCCGCCACUCUUCAGAUCCUUCAGAAUUCCGCCAAUUUGCCUAUGGUUGCUAAACCCUUGUACGGCAUUCUCUCCGAUUGCGUCUACGUCUUCGCCGAGCACCGUAUCCCCUACAUAGCCUUUGGAGCUUUCCUACAGGCAAUCUCAUGGAUGGCAAUUGCAAUCUUUGCAACAUCAGGCAUCUCCUUCAUGUCGAUUACAUUUUAUCUCCUUCUCGGGAAUUUGGGCGCUUCUAUAGUUGAGGUUGCAAACGAUGCCAUGGUGGCAGAGACUGCGAAACAACCCACUACUUCCAAAAAUACCAAAUCCUCUUCAUCUGGUGGCGGCCUGCAGUCGUUUGUCUGGAUGGCCUCAUCGAUAGGUGGAGUUCUGGGAAAUCUUGUAGGUGGAAUUGUUAUUGAUCGAUUUGCCCCACGGAUGAUGUUUUUAAUCUAUGGCAUUCUCCUUUCGAUUCAAUUCUUAAUAACCGCACUAAUUCGAGAAAGCAGUCUAGCCUUACCAAAGAGUUCAUCCCUAGGUUUUAGGAAGCAAUUAUCCGAACUCUCUGCUGCGCUCAAGAAGCCGGACCUCUUGUAUGCAAUAAUCUGGUUUUCUUUUUCCUAUGCUGUGAUCCCAGCCCUAACAGGCACCAUGUUCUUCUACCAAACUCAACAUUUGAAGAUUGAGUCGUCAUUGCUUGGGAUAUCAAAGGUGGUGGGUCAAGCCGCAAUGCUUCUAUGGGGUGUUGUUUACAAUCACUACCUCAAGUCAGUUUCAUCUAGGAAACUGAUCAUUGCUGUUCAGGGGACCAUGGUCUUUUUCAUGUUGUCGGAUUAUCUUUUCGUGAAGGGGUUCUAUCAGAACCUUGGUCUUCCAGAUUCUUUAUACGUUAUCAUAUUCUCCAGCUUGCUCGAUGUCCUCUACUUCUUCAAGAUUCUACCCUUCAGCGUUCUGAUGGCGCAGCUUUGCCCUCCGGGCUGUGAGGGCUCCAUAAUGGCGUUUGUCAUGUCAGCCAUCGCGCUUGCCUUCAUAGUGAGCGGCUACCUAGGCGUCGCCCUCGCCUCCUAUUUCAGGGUAAAUGGAGAUGAUUUCUCGGGCCUGCCAGAAGCUCUGUUGGUGCAGGCAGCAUGCACGCUCGUUCCCAUCUUCUGGGCGUCGUGUGUUCCACUAGACAGGGAUUCCCAAGGAAAGUCGAAGGAGAACUAGACGCCGCUGUCGCUUGCCAGGUUUUUGUAAUACUUCUGUUCAUGUCAGUUCUGUUCUCUUAGAUUUAUAUGCCAUUAAUGUAAUCCCAAGCUUAUUAGGUAUAGAUUUUUCAAUAGAAUAUAUUUAUUUUACACAAUCGUGGAACUUUGAUUUUAUUAGUGGUAAUAAAGCAAGAAAAUUUAUUCUCCUCA